AUGGCCGCUGCCGAGCGUGGUCACCGCCUAGUGAAGGAGGCGAUGGACAUCGACAUCCAGUCCAAGCCCUCGCGACCUCACUGGUACGAGCGCUACGUCCAGCCCUGCGUGGCCGAGCUGCUGGGCAGCGGGCUCUUCAUCUUCAUCGGCUGCCUCUCCGUGAUCGAGGAUGCAGAGGGCACGGGGAGGCUGCAGCCCGCCCUGGCACACGGGCUGGCCCUGGGGCUCACCAUUGCCAUCCUGGGAGACAUCAGCGGAGGACACUUCAACCCCGCCGUGUCCUUGGGCGUGUGGCUGGUCGGCGGGCUGAACAUGACGAUGCUCAUUCCUUACUGGCUCUCCCAGCUCUGUGGAGGGACGAUAGGAGCCAGCCUGGCAAAGGCCGUGGCAGCGAGCGAGCGGUACGUGAAUGCCAGCGGAGGAGCCUUCAGCAGCAUCGCAGCUGAUGAGCAGAUCCCCUCCGUCCUCACGGGCGAGAUCGUCAUGACCACCUUCCUGGUCCUCGCGGUCUGCAUGGGCGCCGUCAACGGGAAGACCAAGAGCCCGCUGGCACCUUUCUGCAUCGGCUUGACGGUCACGGUCGACAUCCUGGCGGGAGGUGGCGUGUCCGGAGCCUGCAUGAAUCCUGCCAGAGCCUUUGGGCCAGCUCUGGUAGCGAACUACUGGGACUAUCACUGGGUUUACUGGGUAGGGCCCAUGGUCGCUGCCCUCUUUGUCGGCGUGCUGGUGAGGCUCCUGAUCGGUGACCGGACCAUCCGCCUGCUCCUGAAGUGAUGCCAGAUGCAGGGCUGCGUGCGUGCC